AUGGAGACAUCGGUACAGUGGGCCGAUCUCCCUGGCGAUCUCCUUCAAGUGGUCUACCUCAACGUCGGCAGCUUCGUCCACCGCGUACGCUUCGCCGUCGUGUGUAGGUCGUGGCGACCAGUCGCCAUCGCGGCUAGGCACGCCGCACCGCCCACUCUGCCCUGGCUCAUCUUCCCCUCCUUACAUGGUGAUGAUUGCAAAACAAUGCGUGCAUACUGCCCCGAGGACGGCAGGGUCCUGCGCAUUCCGAUCAAAAGCGAGGUGCUCGUUGGCAAGCGGCUAGUGGGAGCAUACGACGGCGGCUGGGUCGCCGCUCUCGGGAAGGACAAGCAGCUUGACGAUGUGAACGUGUUCUCCGGUGUUGAGUUGCUCAUCCACGCAAAGAACAUGAGGAAUGUCUACUCGGGCUCAAAGGUUGUCUUCUCGAAAUCCCCCGUGUCAAGUGACUGCAUCCUCGCCACCAUCCCCCUGCGAAGUAGCAUCGCCGUCUGCAAGAUUGGUUGUCUGGCCGACAGAUGGACAACAAGCAGGUGUAUUGGGCAGAUCCUUAAGGACAUCGUAUUCUACAAUGGAAGAUUGUAUGGCCUCACCGCCUCAAUGGGCCUGAUCAAAUUCAAUAUAGGCGUGAACAAAUACGGCAGGCCUCUGGUCGCUGUUGACGUCGAGUUGCGUAUCCAGAUUGAUAAUGAACCUUUCAUAUGGUCAACUACCAUUGUUGAGCUGCGAGCCAAGCUAGCGAUGGUGCUAGGGAAAUUGCCAUUGUACAACAACAGCCGCGAGCCUUUCUUCAAGGUUUUUGUGCUGGCGGAUGAAUCGAUGACAAAGUAUGCUUGUAAGUGGGAGGAGGUAAUGAGCUUGGGAGACUGUGCCUUAUUUUGGGGGAAAAUGUCCAGGGCGGUUGAUGUGCCAGCGGUUGGACUUGGCAGCGUGGAGAGAAACCACAUCUACGCUGAUGAUAUGACAUACUUGACACGUUUGGAUGGUCAUGGUAAUCGUGUAUAUCCUAUGCUAGACGAAAGUAGUGACAAUGUCGCGCAGAGGGUCAAAUUAGCAGGAUCUUAUGUAGCAGCUCGCGAUCAAACUGGCAUGUGGGUACUCCCUCUUGGCAUAUGGGUACUCCCUCCUUAUUUCUAG